AUGAAAUUAAUUUUAAGUGUACACGUUCUGUACCUGGUGGCCAUUUUGGCAAUUGUUGCAAGACACGCAGUCUCUCCAAUUCUGCACAGGAGAAAGAUAGAAACAGAGAUGGAAAGCAUAAAACAGAAGUACAACGAGUAUGCCAGAUAUGCUGAAGAGAACACAGCAGAGAUAGACGUAAAAACAGUGCGGAUGCUCAGAGAGCUGGUUAUAUACAGCGAUGUGCUAGGCUGUGCUGCUGUCAGCGGCUUGCUGGUGGACACAGAGAAAAAGAGCAGAGAGAUACACAGGCUGUACGAAAAGCUAAACACAAAAAUUAAUAUGCCGCAUGCAAUCCCAUUGAAAUACUCAUUAGAGUGCAACUUGGGAAUAUUGUGCUCCUUGAUUCUUCCCGCUGCUUUGGUGGUAAUUACCAACUUAAAAGGACUUAUCAAAAAGUAUCCACUCAGACACUGUUUCACAAAACAUAUUUAUGGAGAAAGAAGAAAAAAUGGAAGAAAGCACUAG